AUGAAACGUCGGAACAGUAUCUUCAUUUCAAAGCUCCGGAUUAAGUUGCUCAAACAUCAGGAACGCAAGAUUGUGUUCGCCGGUGAUCUUCAGUUGAAGUCGCGACUCGAUAAGGAUAUGAAAACCAACUUCGAUAAGCAGGACGACACUUUCAAGAACGGCCGCGUCACACUCGAGGCAACUGAACGUCUAUCGUUGCUUGUGAUCGGAGCCGGCAACUACGCUAUCGAGCAUAAUCUCAUUGAUGAGUAUGCUCUCACUGCCAAACGCCUUGCCGCUGUGGCCUACGAACUAACGCCUCAUACGCCCAUCGGAGCAAGUAUCAGCUAUCUAGACGGGCCUAGCGACUUGCUAUUUUUCGCGCCGACUACAAUACCGUAUAGCAAAAGCCCGGAACAUCAGGACAGUAUCGUCGCACAUCAAAAGCUGAAUGAGAAGCUUCGCGAGCUGGAUGAUCAAGGCCUACUGGAUGUGAUGUGGACGUUUAACAGCUUGAGCAACGGUCGUACAGAAAUGUUCGCCGACGAUAGGCUGUCCACCACUGAAGAACGAAUAGAGUCGGAGAAGCGGGAAGGGAGCAACAUGAAAGGCGCCUCCGAGGUCGAGAUGAGAUUGUUGGCUGAGGAGGAAGAUCAAGAGAAGCCGAUAUCAACACCACGUUGGCUACGCACGGCGAGAGGCGUCCGGACAUGGCCAUCGAGGCUCAAGUAUCGAGUGCUUCUGGUUCUCGUGGUCAUGAAGCGAAAAACUGCGAGUGAGCCUCAACUGACUUUGGAACAGACAUAG